AUGUCUGAUGAGAGAACGUCCAGUCCCAGAACACCCUCCCCGAUUCUGAGGAAGGGGAGUUCGCAACAGAGACAAGAUACUAGAUCGCCGACGUUCGGUCCGCUUCCGCGGCGGCAGUCGACACAGGAGAUCAUAAAUGAAAUCUUGGAGACGGGGAGGGAACGCGCCGACACAAUGGCGAGCGCGACUUGGGCAUCGGGGCGCAGCCCAAAUUUCCGACCGCUUCCUCAAUCGCCGGAGCGUGAGGAGGGUCCAGAUGAGACAACGGGGAUCUUCAUGAGAGGCAGCACCAGAGACUACCAGAGUACGCAGACGAUAUCGCAGUCUCCUGCGCGACAGUCACCCGCGAGAGCUUCACCUUCCCGGCAGCCAGCAGUCAAUGGCAACGCGAGUCGGGAGGAAGCUCAUGAGACCGAGGUUAAGAAGCACACGUGGAAGGACUUCUUCUCUAGCAUCUGGUCUAUAGAGCUGGAAAAUAAAGGCAGUGUUGCGAGGGAUCACCUGGCUCUAGAAAGGACAUUCUUGGCUUGGCUGCGGACCUCUCUAGCAUUCGCAUCGAUUGGCAUCGCCAUUACCCAACUGUUUCGUUUGAACACCUCUCUGUCUGACCAGCGAGAUGAUGCGAGAUUUGAGACAAUUCGACAUCUGGGUAAGCCACUUGGUGCUUCGUUCCUUGGGAUUUCGAUCCUGGUGCUGUUUCUAGGGUAUCAGAGGUAUUUCCAGAGCCAACAAUGGGUGAUGAAGGGCAAAUUUCCGGCAUCGAGAGGGACAAUCGUCUUGGUAUCACUCAUAGCAUUUGCAUUGAUGGUUGUGUCGUUAAUCGUCGUGGUUGUGAUACAACCUGAAGGGUCGUCUUCUGAUCCAUGA